GGGGAUUGCGCGCGACGGCUUGCGCGGCAUCUACGCGAACAUCGUGGACCGCGCCGGCCCUGGCUGCAGCGACAUCGAGAUCUUGAGUUUCAUCGACAAGAAAUGGCUCUUCUCAGCUGAAUGGUUUCAGAAGGCACUUGCGCCAGCAGGGGGGGGUGCCAUCAGCCGCCACCCGCAGAACAACCAUGGGCGCGGAGACGCAGCGAGCAUCACGGCUAAGCGCACAUCGAUGGAGACCAUCGGGAUUCGCGCCGAGCUCUCUUCGCCCCCAUGGUUUGUGCAAUCACCUGAAGGCGCUGACCCUGCCUGCGCCUUGGCCUUGCACUGGGGCACGCGCACCGAGGUCCUCAAGGAGGCGUGGUUGGCUGACAAGGAGGGCGAGAACGUCUGCGUGCAGACGUCCGUGACGAUGACGCUGAAGGGCUGCCGCAUGCACGUGAGGAACAUCCCAGCUGACGCGGCGAAGUUCUUAGUCAACUGGGGGAACAGCACUAACGAGACCACCAGCAUCGCGACGCCGCUGGACAUGCUGAUGUCGCUGGAGCCCGCGCCCGCCGCUGAGGAGGCCAAGAGGUGCAUCGCGAAUGAGAUGGCCAAGAACUACCAGUGGGCUACCUACACAAGCUUGGAGAGAGCUUUAACAUUGUUCAAGCGGUCCCGCAAGACGCCCAUCAACGCCAAUGACCCAGACAGCAAGUCCGUGUGGGACGACAUGGGGGACCUGUUCAAAGCAACCGUCGAUUGGCCGCAGCUGCAGAGCAACUUGCACGACAACUUCUUCCACCUCAGCGCGAACGUCACCAAGCAUCUGAAGGACAGCCACCCCGAGUGGAUUGCGCCGAUCAUCAUGAUGGGAUUGCCCCGCGGGGAGAAACCAUGGGGCUCGUGCGCGCUCAGGCCGAAAGGCCUUCCUCUGCUCCGUUCGGCUACAGACCGGGCAACCAAGGAUCUCGUGACCAACAUGGAUGCCAGCGAAGCGGUGAAGAUGGAUGCCAAAGAGGCCGCUGACGCCGCCAGCGGCCGCGGCUGCGGCAAGGGCGGCAAGGGGGCGAAGCCGAAGAACGGCUGCAAGACCAAGGCUGCCAGCUCCACGGUCGCGCUGGCGGUGCCGAUCGCCGAUGCAGGUCCAGCCGGCGGCCCAGCGACGUCGCUCACCUUUCUUCAGCGCCUUGCCGCGGAUAAGGAGAUGAUGCUCAGGAAAGGUGUCAAGCUCAUUUUCAAGAACAGGGACACUGAGAAGAACAUAGUUCAGUACAGCACGCUGAGGAAGCUGUUCAAGAUGGUUUUCUACAAGAAGAAGGGCACUGGCACUGGUAGGACAUUUGGGCCUCGGCCAUCGGACCCCGACCGCGAGAUGCUCAUUGAGGGCAAGGCUUUGGAGGAUUACGGGAAGGAAGAUGAGCCUCUGACGCCUGAGAAAGUCAUCGAGCAGGUCAUGCUCAAGAUGUUCCAGGUGAUCUCGGCGAACGGUGGAUCCUUUGCGAGCAAGGAGGUGGCCUUCAGCAGUCUCAUCGAGGGUAUCAUGGCCGAGGUGUGCGACGCGUUCCCCCCGAGCUUCGACGACGUUGCCAAGUUCAUCGAAAACGCCGUCAACCUUGACUUGAAGGGUCGGCCCGGGCUGCAGGACUUCAAGCCGCUCUUCGUUGACGGCAGCCGUAGCUUCAAGCCGAGUGUCUUGCUGACGAUCCGUCUGGAGGUUCUCUUCUACGUGGCCGCGAAUGCGGGGGCGACCUCGAUUCUGGUGCGCGAGGGCCCCGCCAUCACCCCCGUGGCCUUCAUGGGCAAAUUUCUGCUCGAGGUCGUCCACGGCCAAUUGCCAGUCUCGGCGGCGUCGGGCACUUCUGUUCGGAACAAGUUUCUCGACGCCCACUUCGGCAGGGCAGCGGCGGGGUGCUCGGGCCCGCGGCAGAUCGCGCAGAGCUUUGUGGAGAUUGCGCGCGAGAAGCAGCAAUUUGUCGAGGCGCGCGAUCGGGGGGCGUACGAGGCAGGGGGGGCGCAGCUGGUGGCAGAGCUUCCGCGUGCAACGAAGCUUUCGAAAGCCUGGCCUGAAAUCCUGCGGGCGUCGGGUGGGUGGGGCGAGUCUUGCGUGACAGUUGACCCGAAGGUCGACAUCUUCCCAGAUUUGAGGGCGCAGGCGAUCAAGGAUCUCGCAGCGACGUUCGACCAGAAAAACAAGUUGCAGAUGGAGGCGCUCCACAGAAGAAAUCCCAGCGACGCCGCGGCGCAGAAGAUCACCGACGCGUUUGCGCCGAAGCGCAAGCCUGAUGCGGAGUCGGAUCCAGUAGCGCGGCCCGCCUUGCCCGCCGUGAAGCCCCUGGGCAAGUGCAUGCUGGACUUGGCAGCAGCUGAGAUCACUAAUGACUCCAUCAGCGUGGCGCCCAAGAAGGCCCUGGUCGCGAAGGCGAACUUGAUGUUCGCAGAGGUUGCCUGUGGGAACCCCUGCAAGAUGAACGAAGCCCGCGGCGCGCCGUCGUUGAAGGAUGGCGCUGGCCCGAAACUCAUCCCGAUGAAGACAGAUGAGAAGGGCAACCCUGCUGAACUUCUUCUCUGGGGUCGCGUCGUGGAGCCCCAAGAAGCGCAAUGCGUGAGCCGCCAGGUGUUGGUGGACAUCGGCGAUAGCGGCGGCAAGGGCCCGCAGCUGUACCUCGACGGGACGAAGGCUUCGAAGCCUGGCAGCAGUCAGACGUCAUGGGGGCGGUCAGCGCUGCCUCUCCCAGUCCCGAAAGCAAAGGCAGAGGCCAAGGCCGCGCCGACUGAGCCCGAGCCGAAAGAGCUGCCCGAUUGGGAUCCUCCUGCGGCCGCUGCGGUUGCCCCGAAGCGAACGCCGAAGGCCGAGAGUGCCGUGGUGGCCGCGCACGAGCUGGCGUUCGAGAGUCGCGAGAUCCUGAUGCCAGAUGGCACUAAGUACCACUGCAAGCUGCCGCGCGUAGUGGCACUCGAGCACGGGUUCGACCACGCCUCGCAGCAAGACAACAAGCUGCACCGCAAGCGCGCGGAGUUGGACGACAAGGAAGUGAUCGCCGAGAAGCGGGUCAAAGUUGAGAAGAGCAUAGGCUCGUUCGCAUUGCGAUAG